AUGAGAGAUUGUGAUGGAAAUUAUAACACAUUAUCUACAAUUUUUUAUCAACAAAAUCAAGUUAUAUUAGAUAAUGUGUUUGUAUCAGGAAGAACUCCUGUAAAAGGUCAUAUUAAUAUACUUAAUACAUGCACUACAACAGUUAAUGAACAUUGGACUCUUUCUAGAACAGAUUGUCCUGAAUUUACAAAUGCAUUUGUUGACUGGCGAAAUAGAAAUGGUCUAGUUAAAAUGUUUAAUAGUUUUGCUAGAUUAAGUAAUAAUAGAGAAUUUAGGCAACUUUUUGCAUAUAGUAGAUCUUUAUUAGUUCAAUUUGAACUUUUAAAAUGGUUUAUAACUUCAGGAGUAGGAACAGGAACUGGUGGAACAUUUUCAGAAGGUUUAGAUACACGAAUUCAGAAAAUAUUUAAUAAUUUAAAAAUUCAAAAUACAGCAUCAACUACCAAUGAACAGAUUGAUGAAAUUCUUAGAGUAACAAGAGAUAUUCGGAACAUUAGUUGA